CGAAAUGCUGAAAAACAAAACGCUAUCAAGAUAGCAAAAACCGUCCAAUAAACGUCAAACUCAAACGGGUGAUGAGCCCAGACCUGUCACUCGGAAAACAUCGAUAAAUUCAAAGCAGAGGGCAGCACCGGAUCAGUGCCUGCCCGCGCCCUGGGCAAAACGGACGUCAGCGGUCCCGUAUCGAUUAUAGACAUCCAGUAGAAACUCGCGGCCCGCGGCGCGCCCCUAAGCCCUAACCAUGAAUAAAAAACAAAAAAAAACAUGCAAAUGUAAAUAUAACGUGUAAAUAUACCGGACUAGGAUCUGUGUGGAGUCCUUUGUAAAAUAUAUUGUUUUGUUUAAUGAUUUUACUGGUGGAUUUUGUGGUUUUGAUGGAAAUGUUUGUGAUUACGAGAUACGGAUUUGAUAUUUAACGUUCCUGCCCUACAACCAUCCAGCGUGACCUCAAAACUGUCAAUUCAUCGCCAAAAUGUUAAACUUUACCAUAUAAAAUACCUAACGCGUUACCACGGUACCUCGCUCUUUUCUCACUUUACUCUCACAAUGUUUUAAAUUUAAAAGCAACAGACGUUGUGUAUUUGUCCCUGUUGAGCUUAUUUUAUGAGAUUUUUAAAUACAUUUUAUCACAUACAAGUUUUCAGUGUGGAUUUUCCGCCAUUGCUUUUACAUGUAAAAAAUACUUAUAAAAUUCUCUUUUAAGUCAAGCAAGAGACUUUUUUUGCUUCUUUAUCAAGCGAUAUUUAAAAAAAACCUCUUUUAAAUCAAGAAGAGACUUUUCCUAAGCAAAUCUCCUAAAUUCCCGUUUAUGAGUGAAUAAAAAAAAAAAAAAAAAAUGGCGACGCCCCCGGAAUCUCCGGUGGAAGAGCACGCGUACGAGUUGGAACCAACGCGGACGCCGAAACCAAUUCCCGUGGCGUUGGAGGAGCUGUGUCGGCAGACCAAGUUUUCGAAGCAGGAAAUACGAGUCAUGUAUCGGGGAUUCAAAACGGAAUGUCCGGAAGGCGUGGUACACGAAGACUCCUUCAAAGAUAUUUACGCCAAGUUUUUCCCUCACGGCAAUUCAGCUCUAUACGCCCACUACGUGUUCAAAGCCUUCGACGUCAACUGCAGUGGCGCCAUCAGUUUUAGGGAACUCCUAGUAACCCUAUCAACGCUCCUCCGUGGCUCAGUCUACGAGCGUCUUCGCUGGGCCUUCCGUCUAUAUGAUGUAGAUGGCGAUGGUGCCAUCACUCGCGGGGAACUCGCUGAGGUGGUGGUAGCAGUUCAUGAACUAUUGGGCCGACGGGCACCGCCUGGGUCGCCUCAUGCGAGACUAGAUGACGCUAAGGCUAAUGAACAGGUGGACCGGGUGUUUCAUAAGCUGGACCUGAACCAAGAUGGCGUGAUCACCAUCGAGGAGUUCCUCGAGUCCUGCCUCAAGGACGAUGUGAUUAUGCGCUCGCUCCAGAUGUUCGACACGGCGCUAUGACGGCAGACUGACUCCGCGUCCGAAUACAGGACGGAAUCCAAGCGCCCGCUCCCCCGGCACGUAUGCCGCUGCCCGCGCGCGCCUCUGCACGCGGCCGCCGCGGCGUGCUGGUCGCGCGCUCGCGCCCUGGCACGCCAUCUGGUGGCCUUGCAGCAUCUGUACCACGUGUGGAGACCGAGGAUUGAUCCUAAGCUCUUUCUCGCCUUUUAAGCUCCUGACUCUUUAACAAACUGAUGCUGGCUUUCUAAGAUGACUCAAAGUGUACUGGAAGCGUGAUCGCGCCCUAGCGCGCUACCUAGUGGCUUUGCAGCAUCAGUGCCACGUGUGGAGACCGAGGUUUGACCCCAAGCUCUUUCUCGCCUUUUAAAGAUGUAGCGGAUACUCGAGCGAAGCGUGUAGCGUCGCGCUCCUA